CCGUCAGGUCGAGUUGUUAACUCCACGAGGUCGAUCCGGGUCCUGUAGCUCUCUCCACUGCUGGAUGAUGACGCCCAAUUCCGUGUCCCGUGUGGCUCUCAUCUCUCCUUUCAUCUCUCCUCUCAUCUCUCCUCUCAUCUCUCUAACGAAUUAAACUAAACAGGAGAUUUUUUUAUUAUUUUUGUUUAAUUUACCUCAGCGGUGAUACACACACGCAACAAAAAAAAGUAGUUUUUUUCGACCAAUAAUUUUACAAUUCUAUAGAAGUUCAAACUUUUUUCUUUAAACAAACAAACUAAAAUAAUGCCGACAUGUGCGAGACGCCGGGCGGAUUAGCGACGAGGGGAGAAGAACUCCAACUCUCCGAAGCGUUCGUUCUCCUACAGAGGCCUGCCACCGAGGAUGAAGCCUACGCUCUUGCCUACUUCGCCUGCCGCUCGCUGGCGAGGGGAAGCCGGCCAACGCCGCCGCCGGCCGGGGGGUCACCCCCGGUCUCCUCGGAGUCGGGCAGCAGCGGCGGCGGCGAUGAUGUCCGCUUCGUUCUUCAAGCCCGGGGCGGGCUCCGUGUGGAGUGCGGAGAUGGGUCGGCCUGGAUCGACUUUGGAACGGAGCGAGCGUUGCGGCGCGUGGGAGUUGCGAUCUACCGCCACCUGGAUUGGGGCGUUCGCGACGAUGAGGAGAGGGAGCUCAGCCCGGCCCUUGAGCGUCUCAUCGAGGGCAUGACCUGCGGGGCGAGCGGAUACGGACACCCCUCACACGCCAGCGACGGUGCGGGAGUUCGCGGGUCGCUCCAUUCGAGCGGCGAGGGUGGCGGCGGUGCAAAGACCAUGAUGCACACUGGAGCGGCCCAUUCGUUGCCUGCAAAUGGGGGUGCGGAAGAGAAACUCCCUGCAAAGGGACAUGGAACAGCCCGUCACCACGUGCCGAGAGAUGGCAGCACUUACACCAGCAGCCAAGUCGUGGCGGUGUGCGUGGCUCGCGUGCGGAGUCCGGAUAACCCCGAGGGUCACUACUCGUCUGUGCUGCACUCUCUCUACCUGCACGCCAUGGACAAGCGCCGUGUUGCUACCGGCACGCAGAAUCUGCAGCGAUUGGGGGCGAGCGACACGGUCGACAUCGCGUGCCGGGGACCAGGUGGCGUCUGGCAGCAAAAUACACGGGACCGAGCGUGGGCGAGCGUCAUGGAGGAGCUCGGUGACGGUGUCCACCUGAGGAAGGUCGAGGUGGGGGGGAGGGUCACGGCCGGCCCAGCGGCCUUCAGGCUGACGCCCUUCGAGAUGCUGCUACGAGACAUCGCCCUGCGCAGGUUCAGCCUCAAGCCCACCCCGGUGCCUCAACGGGGCCGUGGGUCAGGGGUCAGCGCUCACGAGCAGGCCCUGGACUACAUCAGGUCGCGACCCGCACUCAAACCGGCUUGGCAGAGGCGCCUCUCGGCCUCCCGCCCUCGUGAGCCGAGCCCCAGGGAGAAGCUCCUGGCGGACAUCAUCCAGGGCACCAGCCUGAGGCCUCCAUCAGCGUCCAUCACAUCACCCCCAUCACCCCCAUCGCCCCCAUCACCCCCAUCACCCCCAUCACCUGCCCCAUCGCCCCCAUCACCCCCAUCGCCUGCCCCAUCACCCGCAUCGCCUGCCCCAUCGUCUCUGCCAUCGCCCCCAUCACCACCAUCGCCUCUCCCAUCGCCUGUCCCAUCACCCCCAUCGCCUGCCCCAUCACCCCCAUCGCCUGCCCCAUCACCCACAUCGCCUGCCCCAUCACCCCCAUCGCCUGUCCCAUCACCCCCAUCGCCUGUCCCAUCACCCCCAUCGCCUGCCCCAUCACCCCCAUCACCCCCAUCGCCCCCAUCACCUGCCCCAUCGCCCCCAUCGCCUGCCCCAUCACACCCAUCAUCACCCCCAUCGCCUGCCCCAUCACCCCCAUCAACUGCCCCAUCGCCCCCAUCACCCCCAUCAACUGCCCCAUCACGCUCAUCGUCUCUACCAUCACCCCCAUCGCCUGCCCCAUCACCCCCAUCACCACCAUCGCCUGCCUCAUCACCCCCAUCGCCUGCCCCAUCACCUGCCCCAUCACUCCCAUCGCCUCUCCCAUCACCCCCAUCACCCACAUCGCUUGCCCCAUCACCUGCCCCAUCACUCCCAUCGCCUCUCCCAUCACCCCCAUCACCCACAUCAUCUGCCCCAUCACCCACAUCGCCUGCCCCAUCGCCCACGGCGUCUGUCCCAUCACCCCCAUCGCCUGCCCCAUCACCCCCAUCACCCCCAUCACCCCCAUCGCCUGCCCCAUCACCCCCAUCACCCCCAUCACCCCCAUCGCCUGCCCCAUCGCCCACGACGUCUGUCCGGGAGACGAGACGUCCAUCGAUGGGACGUUCGCGCAGCAGCACCGAACCCAAGCGGGAGUUCCCCCACUCGCUGGAGACGCUGGCGCUCACCCUGGAGGACGUCUCCUGCGUCCGCAAGGUCCUCUCCUGCGCCGAACUCGACCGGCACUGCAGGGACCGCGGACGAUUCGCCCUCCUGGACAACGGCAAGCUUUGCUUCAGCUGCCAGCAGACAAAGUUCUCCCUCUUCUCGCGUCCACGCACCUGCCGCCUGUGCUGCAGGUGUGUGUGCUCACAGUGCUGUACUAAGGUUCAACUCCCCGACAAGAAGCUGUCCCAUGUGCCCGUGUACGUCUUGGGCUGGUCCACCAACCCCAAGGAUCCCGCCCCCCCUCACUCCCGCAAUGGACUCUCCCUCGGCGGCCUGGGCCCUCUGUGGGCCGGUGCGUCUGCCUGGGUGUGGGCCUCUCUGUGCCGUGACUGCUCCCAGCUGCUCGACACGGUCGUGACCAGGAGCCACAGCUCCGCAAGGCUGCUGCACUGAACCUGAGAGGCUGGGUUCAACUCCACGG